UUUUUGUUUUCUGCAUUUGGGGAGCAACAUCCCACUCCCCUCCCUUUUCCUUUCCUUUCAUUCCUUUUUUAAAAAGGGGGAAAAUCCGGAUGGAUUUCAAGGAUUGGACUGGUGUCAGCUGUGUUUAUCGCACACCUAAAUCCUGAUGAUAGGGUUUUCGUUUCCUCCUCAAAUCCUUUUAUUUUGGCAGUUAAGCCUAAUGUGUUUUCCAGAAAGUUAGUUCAAGUCUUUUCUCCUCUUUCUUUCCUUCCCUCCCACCCCCUUUUCCCAUCUAACCGUAAAUAUUAUUGUCCAAACAUGCCUGGGCAGCAGUCUUUCUUUCUUGACCCUGUGAUAUGACAGUCUGCUAAUAUUGCCAGAAAGUGCAGUGUCGGGAGUUACAGUUGUGAUUUUAGCUAUUCAAUCAUAUUAGCAGGAAAAAAUGACUUGUUUCUGUUGUACUUGAGUCUUAAGAAAAAGUGCCCAUAGUUUAGUGACAAUUUCCAAAGGCUUUAGUACCACCUGUAUUUCAAAAUGGGGGACCCAAACUCCCGGAAGAAACAAGCUCUGAACAGACUCCGUGCUCAGCUUAGAAAGAAAAAAGAAUCUCUAGCUGACCAGUUUGACUUCAAGAUGUAUAUUGCCUUUGUGUUCAAGGAGAAGAAGAAGAAGUCAGCACUCUUUGAAGUGUCUGAGGUUAUACCAGUCAUGACAAACAAUUAUGAAGAAAAUAUUCUGAAAGGUGUGCGGGAUUCCAGCUAUUCCUUGGAGAGUUCCAUAGAGCUUCUGCAGAAGGAUGUGGUGCAGCUCCAUGCUCCUCGGUACCAGUCUAUGAGAAGGGACGUAAUUGGCUGUACUCAGGAGAUGGAUUUCAUGCUUUGGCCUCGGAAUGAUAUUGAGAAAAUUGUCUGUCUCCUGUUUUCUAGGUGGAAGGAAUCUGACGAGCCUUUUAGGCCUGUUCAGGCCAAAUUUGAGUUUCAUCACGGUGACUAUGAAAAACAGUUUCUGCAUGUGCUGAGCCGCAAGGACAAGACAGGAAUUGUUGUCAACAACCCUAACCAGUCCGUGUUUCUCUUCAUUGACAGACAGCAUUUACAGACUCCAAAAAACAAAGCUGCCAUCUUCAAGUUAUGCAGCAUCUGCCUCUACCUGCCACAGGAGCAGCUCACCCACUGGGCAGUCGGCACGGUUGAGGAUCACCUCCGUCCUUACAUGCCAGAGUAAGCACGAGCACCGAGCAGCCAACGGAGAAGACCAGGGACGCAGCCGUUUUCUUUUGUUUUCUUACCACUUUUCUUUCAGAGUUUAAAGAAAAUGGACUCAUACACAGAACACUAUGCAUUUUGAAACCUGUUCAUCCUGGAUUUAUUUUAAUCAUUUGUAUCUCAGAACUUAAAAAAAAUAAUUAGAUGUCUUCUGCACAGACUGUGAAAGAAGGUGCUUUGCAGAUUGCUGCAUUGCAUCGGCAUCUUACUGAAAUGUGAAUGAAGGACAAUUGUACACUGCAAUGCUAAUGUAUCCGAAGGCACAGGCGAUGCUUGGUGCUGGUGGUCUUCACAUUUGUGCUGGUUUUUGCCUCUGACAUCUGCCAUCAGUACUGAGGGUGAGAAGUGAAUGUAACAGGUAUAAGUAGCAUUUAAAACUUAGAGCUUUGCUGUAAUCACCGUUGUUCAGAGCACUGUCAGAUUCAUUCUGAUGACCAGAAGUGGUUGUUUAAAACGAAGACAACCACAGGAAAGAAAUCUUAAAUGAAAAAGCAUCUCAUUGGAGGCUUCCCUGCCUCAUAUGCACUGGGCCAUGUCUGUUUUCUCGGUACUCAGAAGGACAUGUAUUUCCCCGAGCUCUUUCCCUCAGUUGCUGUUCUGAAGUGCUCUGCUGUGUGCAGAUGCAUUGUACAUGUUAGAGCAGAGCCGGAGUCUGGGGUGGCCGGAGCAGCUGCACAGCCACAGGCAGAGGGAGGACGGUGGUUUUGGUUUGGGGUUUUUUUGGUGUUAGAAAUUUUACUUACAAAGAAAAAAUUCCAGAGAGUUGUGCAGAAAUACUGAUUUCUACACCCUCCUAAAAGAAAAGGCGUGAGUGUUUGAAUAGAAAAAGGUCUAAAAGUGGGGUCUUAAAUUGUAACAGUCGCGUUUGGGGCAGAGCUCACUCGUGCAGUGAACGGGAAGACGACUGUAGCCUUUUUGUUUUCUGGUUUUCUUUUUUCUUUUAAAUGAAGAAAAGCUUUGCUUAAGGGUUGCAUACUUUAUUGGAGCAAAUCUGAAUGAUCCUCCUUUGGAGUAAAACUAGUGCUUACUGGUUUCCAUUUGUAUUUAGCUCUGGUUGGAAUUUGAAAAAAAUGAACCUAAAUAAAAUAGGAGACAGCUUCCUGGUGAUUCAGGUGAGCACAGA